AUGUAUGAUAUUGCCCCAGAUUAUGUAAAAAUUCCUCCGUUUCGAUUCGUUAAGCCAUAUAAACAUGUGUACAAAACUAAUGUAAAAUCUCGUUGGCUUGGGAUGACUUUAAUUGAUGCUAUGGAAAAGGAAUUUAGAGCAUACACAAAAGAGUAUUAUUUAAAUGCGAUCAAUGAGGGUAAAAUUACAGUUAAUGGUGUUGUGGUAUGUCCUGAAUAUAAAUUGGAACAUGGAAUGCAAAUUGAACAUGCUACUACGAGGGUAGAACCUCCCAUCUUGGAUUUACCUAUUGAUAUUGUUCAUUAAGAUAUUGAUUUUGUUGUUGUUAGUAAACCUCCUUCAAUGAUUGUUCAUACAGGAGGAGGCUAUCAUUACAACUGUUUAACUGCUAUUCUACAUUUUGAAUAUGGAUUCAAGGACUUAUAUGUAUUACAUAGAUUGGAUAGAUUAACUUCAGGUUUACUCAUCUUCUCUAAAAAUCGAUUACUAGCAUAAUAGUUUCAUGAUGCCAAUAGCAAAUUAAAUGUUUAAAAAACUUAUUUAGCUAGAGUAUAAGGAAAUUUUAGUGAUCAAAUUUUAGAAAAUAAUAAACCUCAAUAUUGCAUAUCAAUGAAAGAUGCUAUCUUUUCUUGUUGUAAUGAAGAAGAUGCAAAAAAAUUUGAUGCUAAAAGCGCUACUACUAAAUUUUUAAAAUUAUGGUAUGAUCCUAUAACUGAUUCAUCAUUAUUAGAAUGUUAACCAAUCACAGGAAGAACACAUCAAAUUAGAGUACAUUUAGCUGAUUUAGGACAUCCUAUUCUAAAUGAUAUAGGUUAUGGUGGAAAAUUUAUAGGAAAUGAAAUUAUUAAUAGGAAUUUUAAAGGAUUAAAAUAAGAAUCCAUAAGACAAUAAGAUGUAAUUAAAGGAGAGGUUCAUGAAAUUAUAGGAAAGAAAGUUAAAUUGAAUACUCAAGAAGAUGAGAUAACUAAAGGAUAAAAUAAUUAAGAAUAAAAAAUUGCAGAUCAAAUUGAUUAAAAUUUAGAUUAAUAAGAAAAAUCAAAUGAAUAAUUAGAAGAAAAAUUAGAUGCUUAAUUAUAAGAAAAAUAAUAAGAAAAAUCAAAUGAAUAACAAUAAGUAUAAUCAAAUGAAUAAUAAUAAGAAAAAUCAAAUGAAUAAUAAUAAGUAUAAUCGAAUGAAUAAUAAUAAGAAAAAUAAUCACAAAAAUCAAAUGAAUAAUAAAAAGAAAAAUAACCAUAAACAGAAUAGUAAUAAGUAUAAUAAUAAUAAAAUCUUAUCAAAAUUAAACUACACCAAGAAUAAUUUGGAAAUUCUGAAUUAUUAAAAGAUUGUUUAGCUGGUAAAGAAGAAUGGGAUUAUCGGAAGCAUCCUUUAGAAAUUUAUUUACAUUCUUGGAAAUAUUUAUUUAAUGGAUAGGAAUUUCAAAGUAAAGAACCAUAUUGGUAUUUUAAAUGA